AUGCGACGUCUGACGCUGCCGCUGCCGCUGCCGCUGCUGCUGGCGCUGGCCGCUGCCGGGCUAGGCCAGCUGACAGGGACAGCGAAAGCACCAACGAGGACAGAAGCGUCAGCUAGUGGGCCUGGUGAUAACGUCCAGGUAACCAUUUCACAACAUGCAUUCGGCACACAAACAUCGAUCGGAGGCGCCAUCCAUAAGACGGCGAUGCAGUCUUCCGAGUUUCAAGGUCGACUCUACGAGGAGAUAGCCAACGACGUAGAGAGUGGCCCAGAUGGACACUCGAUGACGACUCGUGCAGUGGGCCAAGUGCCCGGCUCCUCCGGGACAGUCGUCCACACUGUCAAGGAGAUAGAUCUCGAAGGACUCGACGUCCCAUCCAAUGAUGUGGCCGUGAGUGCUGAGAGCAGCGACACGACCAGCCGGAACUACUACCAACACAUCCAGCCGACGCGCACGCAGGAGUCGAGCGGAGAGGCGCACGCGGCGCUGAGCUCGACGGCUGAGCCGCAGCCGGGGGAAGCCCCGGGGGCUCCCAGGGGGAGGUCGCUGCCCCUGCUGGAGCCCCGCCAGGCUUCUGCAGCCGGCCCAGCGACUGCUAGCGGCGACCAGAGGAAGACCAACCCCGACAUCCAGGACAUCAUUACCGGCAUCGUCAAACUGCUCAACGGAAACGUCAAGGUGCAGGUGGGCGGAGCGCCGACGGCGCCUCUGGUGGCGCGCCCGGGCCGGCCUACCAGAAUCAACAACCGCGGGCCGCCGCGCAUCACAGACGUGCCGCUGCCGCCGCCGCCCCCGCCUCCCGCCAUGAUGCCGCCUCCGCCACCGCCCUCGCCACCCACCAGAGGACAACACCCUUACCCUUUCCACCGGCCACACCUCUCCCAUCAAGGGAAUGGCAGUAUGCCAAUGGUGAGUCCCCCCUAUGUGACAGGUGUACCUCUCCCAGAACAAGUUGUUCCUGUGACUAGUGCCAUCACCAGCUGGGGCAUGCGGCCUCCACCUCCAGACCACACUUCUGUUUGGCCGGAUAUGGAACCUCCUAAAGAGCAAAUAUAUUCCACAGAUUUCUCUGAUAGUUAUGGUGACUCAGAACUGUCACAUUCUCCACCAGUCACAGUGAUGACAACAGCAAGUUUCUCUACCUCUGUCAAAGAGAUUACCGACAUUAAAGCACCAAGUAAAAAUGACAGUGUGGAUGCAUCAGGAGCUGAAACAGAUCCUGGAAAUGUAUUACAUGACCAUAAAAGUGGGAGUUCACAGAAGAAUGAGAAGGAAACAGUACAAACAGAAACAGCUUCAUCAGCAAAUAACAACUCACUUGCUCCAUCAAAUACCUCCCUCAAGCAUGAAACUGAUCCCACAUCAGCUAUAGCAGAUGCUGAAAAACCAUCACUGCAUACUACUUCAGCAGUUGAAACAGUAAAUGAGACAACAGCUACAACUGUUUCCACUAAAGCAACAACACCCAAGACUGUUGUUGAUAAAGUAUCUACAUCGAAAGCACCACCAACAAAAUCAACAACCAUGAAACCCACUACACCAAAGCAGAGCACACCAAAGACCACUUUGCCAAAAACAACAUCAACAGAAAAAAUUACUGUUCCAAGACGAACUUCAGUGACACUUCCAGAAACAACAACAGCUAUCUCUCCAACAGAAGCACUUGGCGUUGGAGUAGCAGAGCCAGUUCUAGAAUCAUCAAUGCAUGAAUGGCCAAUACAUCAGAUUCACACAGCAAAACUUCCUGAUUCAGCAACAAAUUUCCAUACUGCAUCACAGUCAACAGGUACAGACCUUACAUAUAACGUUUACAGGCCAAGACCAGGUAUAGUUCUUGAUGACACAGAAUACAAACCCACUAAGCCAACUAUUGCAGCUGGGGAGAUAUUUGAUGUUACAGUUACUGCAAUACAGGGUCCUGGAGGAAGUGUGAACAGUGAUGGAAGACCUCACAGGCAUCCAGAAACUGGUGAUGUCUCAGUUAUAACUAUGCCACAAGAAGGACAACACUUUGUGUCAAUAGAUGGAAAGCGUACAUACAUAAACUUGUUUGGUAGCACUACAGAUUCUCACAGUGUAGCACCUAGCAGAGUCCACCAAUUCCCAGGAUUUGCUGUACCUGAAGAUCAACCAACAACACCUUCACAUCAAGUACCGAGCAGACGUCCAUUUACAAGACGACCUACUCAGACUCCAGUGAGGAUUGACACAUGCAUUGUUGGAGAUGAUUCAACUUGUGAUGCUGCACAGAAUGAGAUAUGUCGAACAGAACAAGGUGUAUCAUCAUGCCACUGUCGACCAGGAUUCAGCCGACGCAAACAUCGUGAACCAUGUAGAAGAAUUGUGUCUAUGGUCUUGUCCCUGCGAGUUGACCGCAUGUAUGAUAAGCGAAUUACAUGGAAUGAUGAUCUGAGAGACAAAAAUUCUGAUGAAUAUCAGCAGUUGCAGUGGGAAGCUAGCCAAGCCAUCAACUCUGCCAUGUCAAUGACACCAUUCUCAGAUGAUGUCAUGGGAGUAAAUGUCAAUGGACUGUACACAGUGGGUGGGUAUGGUCCAGUGUUUGCCAAUGUGACAUUGCAGUUGGAAGAGACUGCAGAAACCCUGAGACCAGCUGUGAGGCAUGAUAUCCGACGCCAUCUGCUGGGAGCAAUUCAGCGGAGGGGUAACAAUGUGGGUGCCAGUGCAUUGUGGGUGGAUAGUCUGCCAGGAGCAGUAACUGAUGUGCUUGAUUUGGAUGAGUGUAGUCAUCCAGCAUUACACGACUGCCAUUCCUUGGCAGCAUGUAGCAAUGUGUUUGGCACAUUUCGUUGUGUGUGUCCUAAUGGGCUGCGAGACCCCUGGGCAGGUGAUAUGCAUCAUAGUGGACGAAAAUGUGAAGCAUGCCCACAGCAACAUUGUAGUGGUCAUGGGGAGUGCCGAUUUGAAGGGAACCAGCAGGUUUGCCACUGUACAGGAAACUUCUAUGGAUCUCAGUGUGAGAUAGAUGGAGAAGUCCUCGGAGUUGCAGUUGGAGCAUCUUUAGCAGCCCUUGUAAUAAUAGUUCUCACCUUAGUAUUCCUUUGUAUGUGGAGUCGUCGCUGGAGCAAGGAGCAGAAGACAGUAACUGGAGUAGGGUCGCCUGUCUUUGAUUAUAUGGGAGCUGCAGGCAGUGCUGUGAAAACUCCAUCUGUUGGUGCUCCACCUUACCAAGUGACUCUUGAAGACAGACUGCGAUGGGCUCAGUUAGCAGGUGCAAUGGCACAAGCCAACCAUUACACUCUUGACACAAUGAAUGCACCUACACGACCAUCAUCUGUUGUGUUUGGUUAUCCAAACCGUGCACCUUCCAUACAGCAGUGUCAAACUUCUGCUGCAUCACGUGCUAUGAGCCUCAAAGGAACACACACUGCAGAUUCUAGCAGCAGUGAAGAAGAAGACCAAGUUGAUUUACUAGGGAGAAACUUCCAUGUGCCAAGACCAAAAAGCAGAUCAUCUAUAGCUAACCAAAGUGGAAUAUAUUAUGACGUUGAAUAUGAACCAGAGGACAUCUACAGCACAAAACAUCCUCCUACUUCUAUUCCUCUCAGCACAUACAGAAUGGGUCAUCUACCUUAUUAUCAGAAAUAGCUGAUGUGAGGGAAAGGAAACAAACCUGAUAUCAACAUGCUGAUUUCCAGCCAUGAUAUGCUGCUAUGUGUAGAGUUUAAUCUGCACUAUAAGCUAUGGAACAUUAUUCAUCAGUCUACAGACUGAUACUGUCCUUCAGUAUUAUUGUACAUUCACUUUUGUAAAAAUAUUUCAUUUCUAUGUGUAAUGAUGUAAUAGAUGUUGAAAACUGUCUAUUAUAAUGUUAUGGUGUUAAUGAGACUGUGUAAGCUGUAUAAUGAAAUUAUAUAUGUAAGUUAAUAAAUCUGUAUUUAACAAUACAAUCACCACGAUCAAGACCUUGGUAACAGUAAAGAAUCAGUGCCUUUCUGUUCCAUCUUCUGAGUAUUGACUAACGAAUGCAUGUUUCCAAUGAAAAGAGCUAUAAAUAUUGGAGUGGGGAGGCUUCUGAUUCUGUCUUGCAAUUAAGUGCAAACAUGUUCAUAGCUGCAAAACACGUCUCAGAAAGGCUGCAGAAAAUAUAUUAUUGGUAAAAUUAAGUUAUCUGCACUGAAAAAUUUGUUUCUGAUGUGUAUUGUUUUAGUUCAAAAAUAAUUUUGCUGUGUUUCAGGCAGCUGUUAGCUGUCAUAAUGUACUUUCCACUGAAGAUAUUUCCUUUGGAUUUUUGAAUGGUCAUGUUGUAUUAUGAUUCAUAUACCAGAUACAAUCUGCACAUUACUUACCACAUCAUUACCCCAAGUUCAAAUUUUUCCAUGUAUAGGCAACAAGAGCCUCAGUCAAUUUUUGUAAUUGGUGUUCAUUUUAUAAUUUUUGUGACAUAUCACCUAUUUAUAGCUAAUGAGCAAUCCAACUGUCAUCAUUCUCACAGUCAUUUCAGCAGAAGUUAAGCCUGAUUUGGCCUGUAGUGAUACAAUGAACAAACCCAUAGGGGUCAAUUCAUUCUGGAGAAUUGUUUAAAGACACUGUCAAAUGCAGCUGAGUGUUGGAGAAGAGUGAUAUAUUUGAUAAUAUUGUAUGCUUGAAGUUACAAAUGUCUGUUGUAUUAUAUAUAUUAUAGCUGAAUGUUCGUGUAUGUGUACAAACAUGUGAGUGAAACUGAGUAAACUUAUUUGUAUUUACAAAAUAAACUGAGUAACAUUAUUUCCUUAGUCAUCAUCCAUAAACUCUGCUUUAAGCUUUCAGUACUAAUUUUUGUGUAUGAUGUUUGUUUCCAUAUCUUUUAUCCAAUAAAAUUGUGUUAAAGGUUA